UCACCCAGGGUAGGCGUGUCCGUGGAGAGUUGAGCGGAGACGAAGGAGACCGUGGUGGACGGAGAGGUGGUGUCGGGAAAAAUGUCUUCGGUGCCUGACGGCAAAAAGCUGGUCCGGAGCCCCAGCGGUCUUCGCAUGGUCCCCGAGAACGGAGCGUUCAUCAGCCCCUUCUGCCUGGCCGAACCGCAGUGGGUCCCGGAUAAAGAGUGUCCCAGAUGUAUGCAGUGUGACGCCAAGUUUGACUUCAUCACACGGAAGCACCACUGUCGGCGCUGCGGCCGGUGCUUCUGUGACAAGUGCUGCAGCCACAAGGUGGCGCUGCCGCGCAUGUGCUUCGUGGACCCGGUGCGCCAGUGCGGCGCGUGUGGCGUGCUGUCCCAGCGGGAGAACGAGUUCUACGACAAACAGAUCAAGAUCCUCACCGGAGGCGCUGCCUUCGUUGUCACUCUGGACUCAUCGGGGAAAUCCCAGAACAUGACCUGCCGACUGGCCAACAACCACAGGUACCUGUUCCUGGAUGGGGAGAGCCACCUGGAGGUGGAGCUGUCGCGUAUCUCCAGCUUGCAGGUGCUGAUGGAGGAGUCUAGCCCAGGAGAGAGCAAGGAGCUCGCCUUCAGCCGUCUGCUAGAAAGCAAGUUCCUCUCCGAAGGUGGGGGGCCCCGGGCCAGUGGCUUGCUGCUGGUGCACCGGGCCCAGGGGUCCCAGGACCCCAUGCAGGUCCGCCUGGAGGCAGUGGAGGACCGAAAGGAAGCGUCGUGGUGGCUUGGGGCCAUGCACAAGGCAGCCAAACUGCUUUACGAAGCAAAGGACCAAUGAGUAGCCAGCUGGGCGGAGCUACACACAGACUACACCCCGGUUGACCUCUGACCUACCAGGACCCCAGACAACCUUUGACCUCGGCAAUCUUCCGGAUGUUGCUGGAUGCCGAUGAUGAUUCUUGCUCCUUUAUUGAUUAUUAGUGACGCUAACCAAACAACGCUACAAUACCGGAGAAGCGCUUCUGCCAAACUUCCAAAUCUUUUUAAUGACACUUCCUGCAGUCCCUGCCCAGAUUCCUGCGGUCUGUUUGGACAUUGGGACAUCAUUGAUGAUGUCACAACACACCGACCAACCAACCAAGUAACCGACCCACCAGUGGCUCCCCUUGUUUGGUUGUAAAACUAGCGUGUGUGUGUGUUGCCCCCUGGUGGUCAGUCAGUGUUAUUUGCCCAUCGCACACCGACCCAGCAUGAGUUUUAAAUUUGAACGGCGACGUGAUGACGACAUUAAAAAAAACCUCCCGGGACCACAGUUUACAUGCACAGGUGUGAAGUUUCCAUGGAAACCACCAGCCUGAAACACACACCUCUAAGGAUCAGCCCGGCUGUAGAGUUCACUUAACCGCUUUUAAUGUACUCCAACGUAUCACAUUUUUGUAAGAAGUAUUUUGUUAAAUAUUCCUAUUUUAACACAAACAGUCUUUGCGUACUCUCAUAAUUUUUACCGAAGGAUUACUAUAGUUUUUUGUAGCAUUUGUAUACUGUGAACGGUUCCUUUGGCGUUCCUUCUCAAAGACCUCCCCCGGCUUAUCCUCCUGAUUUAAGUUCUGGUCUUUGAUAUUUUCUACAUCGUCUGCGCGGCAUGAAUCCUUCCCCGCGUUGCUCAGAAUCUAUGACGGCGCGCUAGACGCUCCUAUGAGAUGAUGGGUCAGGCAUAGGGUCUCUGGUUCUCAGUUCGACACGUUGCUGACUACACCGUUUGAAUCCCGCUCAUGUAGUUGCGCUGUCCAUAUCCUCAGGCCAAGUACAAAGCUUUUAUUUUGAAAAGGUAUCUCUGCGAUCUUGUUCAUUUUUAACGAACCAAUAGGAGGCUGGAUCUAACCUUUUAUAUAACCAAUAGGAGGAAGGAGCUCACCUUGUACUGAACCAAUAGGAGGCUGGAUCUAACCUUUUAUAUAACCAAUAGGAGGAAGGAGCUCACCUUGUACUGAACCAAUAGGAGGCUGGAUCUAACCUUUUAUAUAACCAAUAGGAGGAAGGAGCUCACCUUGUACUGAACCAAUAGGAGGCUGGAUCUAACCUUUUAUAUAACCAAUAGGAGGAAGGAGCUCACCUUGUAUUGAACCAAUAGAAGGCUGGAUCUAAACUUUUAUAUAACCAAUAGGAGUAAGGAGCUCACCUUGUAUUGAACCAAUAGGUGGCUGGAUCUAACCUUUUAACGAACCAAUAGGAGGAGGGAGGUCACCUUGUAUUGAACCAAUAGGUGGCUGGAUCUAACCUUUUAACGAACCAAUAGGAGAGAUCUCUGCAAGGUGUUGCUAUAGUCCUGAGUGUGGAGAGGUGGGGUGAGGGGGGAGUUCGCAGGUCCGAUGAUCUGAGGUCAAACCGGACCUUACCCCCCCCCUCCAGGUACAACAUGGUCCGCUCUGCCGUCUCUCUUGUCAGACACCCCCCCCGCCCCCCCGAGUGGUGUUGUCUUUCAUCGGUUCUCCAGGAGGUUUUGCACAAAGUUCUGCGUUCCCUGAACUAGCAGGGCGUUGUGUGCUGCACUUUACAACCCCCCCCCCCCCACACACGCGCACACACACACACACACACACACACACACACACACACACACACACACACACACACACACACACACACACACACACACACACACACACACACACACACACACACACACACACACACACACACACACACACACACACACACACACACACACACACACACACUGCUUCCAUCCAUACAGACGAUAUGUCCCCUGGUCCUGUUUAUUAUUAUGGUCUGGACGGAUUAAUAAAAGUGUUUAUAUACAUGUCUGGUGUCCUG